GCCGACUUCCAGAAAGAAGAAGGAAAAUGUCUUGUUCAAUGAAUAGCGAAGCAACCUCUGUGGAGCCCAUGUGUCGUUGUGGACUUCCGGUACCUUUGAAGACCUCCUUUACUGAGGAUAAUUUCGGCCGGUUGUUCUACGGUUGUGUUAACUUUGAGGCCGGUCGCUCUUGUGGAUUCUUCCAAUGGAAAGAUAGUGACAUGUGUGACCAUGCUAAACGAGUGAUGGGUCGUUUGCAACAUAGGGACGCGAUGCUGAACAAAGAGGUUAUAGAGUUGAAGGCCAAGCUAGAGAUUGAAGCAAUUCGAUAUGACAUGCAAGUGAAAGUUUCAAAGACAACUAGUCAUCUUUUGGCAUUUUCUUGGAUUUUUUUUGUUGUCUUUGUAGCUGUAUUUUGGGGCCAGUAUCAUGGUGCAGGACAUUUGUACUACAAACGGCUACCAUGAAACAAAAUGGCUUGUGUAUUUGUAAUUUUGGAACUUUGUAAUGACUAGUUCA